CGUAAUUCGUAACUGUGUAUAACCAUCCACCUUUGGAAUCCAAUCUGCUUUCUGGAGAGAACAAAAACCGAACUAUUUAUAAAAAUAGUUAAUUGUAACCAUUCUAAGUAUCAUCAUUAAUAAUGAGUAUCGACUGCAGUGGAGAAUUGUACUUUUACCCUCCAUUCACGACUAUGUCGAAGGAGCUGAUUUCGGUGUAUAAUCCUCAUCCGGAACCUGUGAUUUUCAAAGUGAAGACCACUGCUCCUAAGCAAUAUUGUGUGCGUCCCAACUCUGGAAAAAUUGACGCAAAGUCGAGCGUUAAUGUACAAGUCUUGCUUCAAGCCAUGAAAGAGGAUCCUCCUUCUGAUUUCAAGUGCCGUGACAAGUUUUUAAUCCAGAGCAUGGCAAUCGGUAACCAAAGCACCGAAGGUGUUGAAAACUACCAAGACUUUUGGGCUGAAAUGGAAAAGCACGGCAACCCCGUCCAUGACCGUAAAAUUCGAUGCGUCUACCAAGUCAAUCAGUCCCGUGGACCUGCUUUUACCGAGAAGCAAAAUGAAAACAAUGCUGAUGUCUCAAAAACUACUGACUCCCCUAAUACUGCUGACAUCGGUGCUGCAGGUAUUGCUCCCACCGCUGCUGCCCUCUCUUUGAAUGACACCAAAAAUGAUUUCAGCAAUGAAAAGGUCGACCCUACUGUUGAUGAGAGCUUGCGCUCUGCUGUUUCCGAUACCGGAGUGAACCAGACUUUCGAGGCUAGUCCUGUCAAUGAUGUUGAACAAACUAGUGUUCCCUUGGACUCGGAAAUAGACAACGGAGCCCAAACCAACUUAGAUAACGCUGCUCCUGAGCCCAUUCGUCGCAACAUCUCUUCUACUCCACCCUCUAACCCUCCCCCUCCUGUUCCUACGAAGGAAAUCAAUCACUUUGUUCAACAAACAGUGGUUGCAGGUGAUGAGGACAUCCCUUCUACCGUCGGUGAUGACUCCCGUGAAUCUAUCAAUGUAGACCAAGGUGUCGUCGCUCCCUCACAAAAAGAGGACGUUGUUGCCAAGGAUACUAAGCCUGCUUAUUCUGCUGAGCCUUCCACUGUCGCUAAUGCUGCUAUGACCAACACUCCUGGUAUCCCACCUAAUGUCGUCGUCGUUCUUUGUCUCAUUUUCUUCCUCAUUGGUUAUUUGUUCUUUUAAGAGACCGAUAGCUAAAGUAUGGACUAUAAUCCGAUCAUAAUGCUGUUUUGAUUGGAAGAUAUUAUACUGUAAGACUCACUUUUUUUAAUUAAAGUUACUAUCGCUCUUUCGCCCGGCAAACAAUGUACUAUUCUUUGGUACAUCUAUUGUUAAUACCUUUUACUUCGUGUCUUCUCUAUAGAAAUCUUUUUUGCUUGUCUAUUACAUAAUACUAGUCUUUAACUAGAACCAAAUAAACGAGUCUUAUUAUCAUAGUAAGAAACACACGUGAAAAGGGACUAAACUAGCAUUGAUGAUUAGAUACUAAUUGAAUUCAUAUUUCAUCUUAAACUGUUUAUUAUU